AAAAAAUAUUUCUGGUGUCUCCUCCUAGUCGUACUUGUCUAGUUUCUCUUGCUUUUUCUUCAACAAGUGUUUAAUCCAAUAAAGCAUUUUUCCCCCCUGAACAAUUCUCUUAAAACAAAUUAGAUUUCUCAUCAAUCAUAUACCCUUCAGCGUAAAGAAAAUGUCUUCAACAACUGAGCAGGCGGCCGCGCCUCACCAAACAUACGACACCAUCCUCACUCUUGACUUUGGCUCACAAUACACUCACCUCAUCACGAGGAGGUUAAGAGAAUGCAACGUCUACAGUGAGAUGCUGCCAUGCACAACCAAGCUCUCGGACUUGACAUGGAAGCCCAAGGGCAUCAUCCUAUCUGGAGGUCCCUACUCCGUCUAUGACAAGGACGCCCCGCAUGCCGACCCGGCUUUCUUUGACCUCGGAGUCCCCGUGCUGGGUAUCUGCUACGGUCUCCAGGAGCUGGCUUGGCGUCUGGGCAAGGACAAUGUCGUGGCUGGCACUGAGCGCGAGUACGGUCACGCCGACCUUACGCCGCAGAAGAACAGCCAGGCCGAAAAGCUGUUCAACGGUAUGGGAGACGACUCUCUCCAGGUUUGGAUGAGCCACGGCGACAAGCUCAGCCAGCUGCCCACCGGAUUCCAGACCAUUGCGACCACCACAAACUCUCCAUUUGCCGCCAUCGCCCACGAGUCCCAGCCCAUCUUUGGUGUGCAGUUCCACCCAGAGGUGACUCACACCCGCCGCGGCCUGGAUCUGCUGCGCAACUUUGCCGUCGGUAUCUGCGGCGCCCAACAGAACUGGAACAUGCACAACUUCAUCGAGCAGGAGAUCGCUCGCAUCCGGAAUCUGAUCGGUGACAAGGCUCAGGUUAUUGGUGCCGUAUCGGGUGGUGUCGAUUCUACUGUUGCCGCUAAGCUGAUGAAGGAGGCCAUUGGCGACAGGUUCCACGCCGUGCUCGUGGACCAAGGUGUCAUGCGUCACAAUGAGUGUGCUGAGGUCAAGAAGGCCCUCCAGGAUCACCUUGGAAUCAACCUUACGGUCGCAGAUGCUUCGGAGCGGUUCCUUUCGGGUCUCAAGGGAGUCGAGGACCCUGAGCAGAAGCGCAAGUUCAUCGGUAACACCUUCAUCGACAUCUUCGAGGAGGAGGCCAUCAAGAUCGAGAAGGCAGCCGAGAACACGCCCAACGCCGGCAAGGUCGAAUGGUUCUUGCAGGGAACCCUGUACCCAGAUGUCAUCGAGUCCAUUUCCUUCAAGGGACCGUCUGCCACCAUCAAGACCCACCACAACGUCGGUGGCCUUCCCAAGAGGAUGAUGGAAGGCCAGGGCCUGAGGCUGAUCGAGCCCCUGAGGGAGCUUUUCAAGGACGAGGUCCGUGCCAUGGGCCGGGAGCUCAAGAUCAACGAGGAGCUCGUCAUGAGGCACCCUUUCCCUGGACCUGGCAUUGCCAUUCGUAUCCUGGGAGAGGUUACCCGCGAGCGUGUUGAGAUCGCCCGCAAGGCCGACCACAUCUUUAUUAGCAUGAUCAAGGAGGCUGGCAUCUACAACGAAAUCAGCCAGGCGUAUGCCGCGCUUGAUACGAGCAGGGCAGUUGGUGUCAUGGGUGACAAACGUGAGUAUGGAUACAUCAUCAUUCUCCGUGCGGUUGUAACAACCGAUUUUAUGACCGCCACGGUCUACCACAUGAAGCCGGAGCUCCUCGACAGGAUCUCGACCCGCAUCGUCAAUGAGGUUGACGGUGUCACUUGCGUCACGUAUAAUAUCACUAGCAAGCCUCCUGGAACGAUCGAGAUGCAGUGAUGACGGAGUCUUUGGGGGAGUGUAUUUGGCUGGAGUUAUUUUUUCUUCUUCUUUUUUCUUUUUUUGGAGUUAGUACUGGGAUUUAUACUAGAUUAUGGAGCUCUCAGACAGCUGAUGGGUUAAAAGUGAAAACAAGCACUUACGCG